UAAGUACUGAUGUAUUGUUUGAUAACUGGGAUGAUGAUUUGUGUGAUGAGGGAAAAAAGUGGAAGUUCGUUUCCCCUCUUUCGUCUUUACUGCAAGCUCGACGCAAGUCUAGCAUUGUCGAAAUUACCCCACCGGAUGAAUGA